CGUGCACUGUGGGGACAAGAGGAGGAGUGUCCGGGUGCUCUGAGUCACAGGAUGGCGGCCAUGGUUCUGUCCCCCACUUGCGCUCAGUCUUCCCUGUACUCAGCCUCUUCUCAAAAAGGAUGCACAGAGGAGGAAGGGUUGGUUCAUGGCUUCCUGACAAGCUGGUUACCGGACUUGGUGACCUUCGAGGAUGUGGCCGUGGAGUUCACGCAGGAGGAGUGGGCACUGCUGGACCCUUCUCAAAGAACACUGUACAGAGACGUGAUGCGGGAGAACUGCAGGAACCUGGCAUCGCUGGGGUAUCAUAUUGGUAAACCCAGUCUGAUCUCCCAUUUGGAGCAAGAAGACAAAGUGAUGACAGAGGAGCGAGGAAUUCUUCCAGGCACCUGUCCAGAUUUGGAGACUGUACUUAAAGCCAAAUGGUUAACUCCUAAGAAGCAUGAUUUUAGAAAAGAACAUUCCAAUGGUAUUAAAGCGGUAAGACUACAGGAAAGAAAUCAUCUUGGAGUGAAACUCAACGAAUGUAAUCAGUGCUUCAAAGUCUUCAGCACAAAAUCUAACCUCACUCAGCACAAGAGAAUUCAUACUGGAGAAAAACCCUAUGACUGUAAUCAGUGUGGCAAAUCCUUUAGCAGUAGAUCUUACCUUACUAUUCAUAAGAGAAUACAUAAUGGGGAGAAACCCUAUGAAUGCAAUGACUGUGGGAAAGCCUUCAAUGAUCCCUCAUCCCUUAGACUGCACGUGAGAAUUCACACUGGAGAAAAACCCUAUGAAUGUAAUCAGUGUUUUCAUGUUUUUCGCACUAGUUGUAACCUCAAAAGCCACAAGAGAAUUCAUACGAGAGAGAAUCACCAUGAAUGUAAUCAGUGUGGCAAGGCCUUCAGCACGAGGUCCUCCCUUACUGGGCACAAUAGUAUUCAUACAGGGGAGAAACCUUAUGAGUGCCAUGAUUGUGGGAAAGCCUUUAGGAAGAGCUCAUAUCUGACACAGCACAUGAGAACUCAUACUGGAGAAAAACCCUACGAGUGUAAUCAGUGUGGAAAAUCCUUCAGCAGUAGCUUUUCUCUUACUGUGCACAAGAGAAUUCAUACUGGAGAGAAACCCUAUGAAUGCAGUAACUGUGGGAAAGCAUUUAAUAAUCUCUCAGCUGUUAAGAAACAUGUGAGAACUCACACUGGAGAAAAACCCUACGAAUGUAAUCAUUGUGGAAAAUCUUUCACCACUAACUCUUACCUUUCUGUGCACAAGAGAAUUCAUAAUAGGUGGAUAUGAAUACAAUAACUGGGAAAGCAGUCAUUGAUUUCUUAAUUCUCAGACAACUGAUGGUAACUCACUGGAUGUAUGAGUUAUCUGUUGCUCCAUAACAAAUUUCCCUCCAAACCAUAGUGGCUUCAGACAACAUACAAUUAAUUAUCUCACAGUUUCUGUAGGUCAGGAAUUUGGAAGCGGCUUAGCUGUGUAGUUCUGGCUCAGGAUCUGUCAUGAAGUGAGGUCAAGAAGUCAGUUGGAGCAACACUCAUCUGAGGCUUUACUGCUGAAGAAUCUACUUCCAAAGUGGAUCACUCACAUGUCUGGCAGGUUAAU